CAGGUCUGCCCCAGCUGGACUCUCAGCUCCUCUAGAAAGCCUUCCCCACACUCACCUUGCCUGGGUUAGAGACCCCCGCGGCUCUCCCAGUCCCCCGGAUUUUCCCUAUUGCAACACUCACCAUCCUCUGUGGGAAUUGCGUGUUUAAUGGUUGAUCUCCCCAGCAAGAACCUCGAGCUCCACGAAGGGAGAGACACCCGCUGCUUUGUCGCUCCUUAUAUCGCCCGCGCCCAGAAGAGUGCCUGGCACGCAGCAAGCAUCCAAUAAGCAUUUGUUGAAUAAAUAGUUAAUUAAUGCUAGGCAUUUUGCGUUAUACGAUGGGAAAAAAAUUAUCAUCGUAAUACAUGGGCCAGUGUUUCCCCAAUCUGCUAGCUCACACUUCCUUUCUUAGUCGGGGCUAUAAACCGACCAAGGGCACUUCACGUGAAACUGUCUCUUUGCCGGAGGAACGCCUUCCUGUCCACAUAUGAUUACACGCUGGAAGAAGAUGGGUCAGCACUACCUGUGGACCUUGCUCCUUUGCCUGCAAACCUGUCUGGAAGCAGCUGGAAGUGACACAGACAUCCUGCCGGUGACUGGGAUCCUGGGGGAGUCGGUCACUUUCCCCCUAAACAUCCAACAACCGCAGCAAGUUAUCAACAUCGCUUGGAAUUCUGAGACGUCUGUUGCUUUCGUCACGCCAGGAGACCCAGGAACAGCACCCAGAGUCACUGUGACCCACCAACAUUACAAUGACCGAAUAAAUGUCUCCCGCCAGAACUACAACCUGGAGAUCAGUAAUCUGGGGGUGGAAGAUUCGGGCAUCUACAGGGCUGACAUAAAUCUGAAGAUGGCUGAAACGACGGUCACCACCACCAGGCGCUACAACCUGCAAGUCUAUCGUCGGCUUGGGAAGCCAAAGAUCACUCAGAGUUUAAUGGCAUCUGUCAACAGCACCUGUAACGUCACACUGACAUGUUCUGUGGAAGACGAAGAAAAGAAUGUCACAUACAGUUGGAGCCCCUUGGGGGAAGAGGGUAAUGUCGUUCGAAUCUUCCAGACCCCUGACCGCCAAGAGCUGACUUACACAUGUACAGCCUGGAACCCUGUCAGCAACAGCUCCGACUCCAUCUUGGCCCGACAGCUCUGUGCAGACACGGCAGCGGGCCUCCGUCCCCGCCACACUGGGCUGCUGAGCGGGCUGGCCGUGCUCUUUCUGUUUGUUGUCAUUGUGCCUUCACUGCUUCUGUGCCUUCUGUGCAAAAGAGGACAAGGUUCCUACCUGAAGACCUCCAGGAAGAACUCUGGUAAGUUCUCAGCCACGCAGUUCCCCCUGGAUGACAACUGGGAGAGAUGA